UGGAAACAUGUCGCGGAGGAAACAAACCAAACCGCAGCACGUCCAGUCCAAGGAUUUGUCUCUUCUGGAAUACCUGGAUGAUGUCAGUUUGGAGCCUCCCCCUACAAUGGAUCCCUGUGCUCAUGUUUGCAGCCAAUGCUGUGCCGAGUUUAGUGCAUUAUCAGACCUGGAACAACAUCAAAGGGAUUGCUCCCCAAAUCCACCAGUUCUGAUUGUGCAUGAAAAUGAGGAUCUGCUGUCCAAUAGCAGAACUUUCCCUGUAGCCUUAUUACUGGCCAACCCAGCAGGGGAGCAGGGUGAAACAGUUAAUAUCUCUAUGGUGGAAUACUGCAACUCUCCAUCAAAAGAUGAAUCCAAGGAAAGAGUGGAAUUCACAGAUUGUUUUAGUGGCAAAAGUGGCCACAGCAGUGUAGCUCGCCCAGGUAGCACCAGCAGUAGCCAAGGCAGCAGUGGCACUGAAAACAAUACUGACAUUGUCUUUUGUACCUCAGGUCUCCCAGCACCAUUACCUCAAUCUGGCAGCUCAACUGUGCAAGAAUUCUCAUGGACAAACAGCAAUGUCAUCAUAGAAAAUCUUGAGAGCACCAAAGUGGCUGUGGCUCAGUUUUCACAACAGACCCACCCAGACAUCUGUCACAGCCAAGACAGUAAGACUGCCAUAUCAUCUUUGCUGCAGCAGCUCUUGGCUCUUCAAAUACAGCAGAUCCACCAGCUACAGUUAAUUGAUCAGAUUCGUCACCAAGUUCUGCUGUUUGCCUCUCAGAAGAUAACAGAGACCCCUGUGAUCUGCACCAAGGAAUUCCCAUAUUCACAGAAUGCCAAUCAGCUCAAAACUCUCAGUGCUCAUCUGUCUCAGCAGUUAGCUACAGCUGCUGGUAUAGCCCAAUGCCUAGCUACUCAGUCUGCUAAUAUAAGUGACUUAAAGCAAUUCAAAGAAAGACGCCACCUCAAACAAAGUCAUCCUGGCAGCAGAGAUGCAUUGCCUUGCUCAGCAUCCUUACAAGCUGUUGGCAAGCUAAUGACUUCAGCAGUUCACAAACAUCUUUGCAAGAACCAGUACAUAGAUUCUAGUUCCUCCUGUCCCAGACUCAAUAUCUUGCCCCAAACAAAGAUGUCCUCUUUGGAAUUUUGCAGUGGUAGCUUUAUCAACAAGACUUCAGACAGCCCUUACUUACCUCAAUUGCCAUGGACCAGUCAGUCAAUGACUUCUAAUUCAAUACCAAACAUUGGUGCAAUUGUAGAGGAUCUGGAUGCCUUGGCAGCAUUGGCCCAACAGAGGAAAUGCAACACACCCAGUCUGACCUUUUCUAAGCCAAAGACAUCUUCAAAAGACUCUUUCUUCAAACACAAAUGCAGAUUCUGCACAAAAGUAUUUGGGAGUGACAGUGCCUUGCAAAUCCAUUUGCGAUCACACACUGGGGAAAGGCCAUACAAGUGCAACGUCUGUGGAAAUAGGUUCUCCACCCGUGGAAAUUUGAAGGUACACUUUCAGAGGCACAAAGAGAGGUUUCCAUACAUCCAGAUGAAUCCCUACCCUGUUCCAGAGCACCUGGACAAUAUCCCAACCAGUACUGGCAUUCCUUAUGGUAUGUCUUUGCCAAUGGAGAAAGCAGUCACAUGCUGCCUUGUUGGCAAACCAUCUCCAACUGCUAUGAAUACCUCCAGUUCAUUGCUACAGUUGGGCUCAACUGAUCUGUCCUCUCACAUCAAGAAAGAGGAGCAAGUUAUCACUAUACCCAUCCCCUGCAUUCAAGGCAUAUGUCACUUUGAUUCAGCAGCAAGCCCUACAAGGACUUUUGACUCAGCAGAGAUUGGGCAGCCAAAUAUAAGAAACAUGAAUACUAAAAGUGAUGAUGCUAAACCUCCUCUGAACUGUGUCUCUAGAAUGACUAACACUAAGCUAGAAGAAUCGAUUGAUCUUCUAUCCAAUGAUAUUCCAUCCAUCUGCACAAAUUCUAAUUCAUUUGGGGGAAUUCAUCCAUUAAAAACCUCUGAGACUUCCAAACUACAGCAGCUAGUGGAGAAGAUUGACAAGAGGGUGCUGGACCCAAAUGAGUGUGUCAUCUGUCAUCGCUUACUCAGUUGUCAGAGUGCCCUUAGGAUGCACUACCGGACACACACAGGGGAGCGGCCCUAUCGGUGUAAAGUGUGUAGCCGUACCUUCACCACCAAAGGAAACCUCAAGACACACCAAUCUGUUCACCGUUCAACACUGUCAUUGAGAGCCCAACACUCAUGCCCCAUCUGCCAAAGGAAGUUCACUAAUGCUGUGGUCUUGCAGCAACAUGUCCGCAUGCACAUGGACGGUCAGAUACCAAAUGGAUUCCUCACAAGCCAUAAAUACUCUAUGGACUGCAAUGAGAAAUUGGUGGACAAAACACAACUGAAUGUCAUGAAGAACUUCUCUAAUGAGCAUAAUGAGGACUUCCGUGACAGUGGAUUCUCAAGAUUCAAUCCCUUCUCUGUCCAUUUGUCCUCUUCUCCAUUAGAUAAAACUUCCUUUGAUGCUGACAAAAAAACUAGUAACCAUGGGCCAAAUACAGAACCACAGUCCAAAUGUGUCAAGACAGAGAGACAAGAGGGAACACCUGAGGAAUAUUGCCAAACAUACAACCUACAACUGGUUGCAAGUGAACAAGGGACUGGAGAAUUCCCCAUUUCUGAAAGUUCAGCCUCCAAUCAGUCUGUGUCUACAAAUACCCAAUCUUCAGUUAUUUUUAACACUGCAAGAUUUGAAGAAACAUUCCAGUCGUUGGUCAACUCAUCCACUUUGAAGCUUCGCACAUCCACAAUUGUACCCAUGGACCUAAAACUAUUGAAAUGGGCCAAAGAUUCACCAAGUGUGACUCGCAAUCUCCGUGAAAGAGGAGUAUUUAAGAACACUGCCUGUGAUAUAUGUGGGAAGAAUUUUGCUUGUCAGAGUGCCUUGGAUAUCCACUAUAGAAGCCAUACCAAGGAGAGACCAUAUAUCUGCACAACUUGCAACAGGGGCUUUUCCACCAAGGGGAAUCUCAAGCAACACAUGCUAACACACCAAAUGAGGGAGCUCCCAUCACGACUCUUUGAGCCCUCACAUCCUAACCUUGGGUCCAGCUCCGGUCCCUCCACGUUGCACACUGGCUCACAAAUUGUCAAGACAGAGAUGAAUACUUUUCUGAACACCUCUGCUAGUAAUGGCAGGGGUUCUGGUAGUUCACAGAGCUCCUCCGUUUAUGUGUCUCCUGUGUGGGCUACUGCACCAUCUCGCCGGACACCUAAGCAGCACUACUGUAAGACUUGUGGGAAGAGCUUCUCAUCCUCCAGUGCUCUGCAGAUCCAUGAACGGACACACACUGGUGAGAGGCCAUUUGCCUGCACUGUCUGUGGACGGGCUUUUACAACAAAAGGAAAUUUAAAGGUCCAUAUGGGAACUCACAUGUGGAACAGCAUCCCCACGAGGAGAGGCCGAAGACUGUCUGUAGACAGAUCACUGGAGGUUUUUGGAAGCCGUCCUGUGACCUUUCCUGAACCACUGCAGAGGAAUUCAGCAGUAGUAUCUAACAAUCAAGAAUUCAUCUACAACUGGGACCAAUGCAGAGACCCGCGCUUCAUGGCUUUGGCCGUAAAGACCAAUGAUAUUUCUGUAAUUCAGAAAGGAGGCAUGUCUUUCCUCUCAGGGCAAACUGGACUGAAGGAGAGGUCACCCAUAGAAGGUGCUGCUGUUGGUUUGGGUAAACUGCACUAUACAGACCAGAGUGAUCCUCAAAUAAUUUAUGGCAGAAAAAAUAAUUAUGAAAAGGGACUUAUUUCUGCCUCACAGCUCACAACCGAAGAUAGGAAACAAAUGGCCACCAAAUAA